GUUUUCAUCUGCUUGGCAUAUACUACAAGAAAUUUAGAGACACAUGACAUCAAGACACAGAAGACUGUCUGAAACCGGAGCAGACACAAGAGCAUGGGGAUUAAUUUGUGGAAAGUCGUGUAUUUUGUGAGUGCUGUACUCCUUAAUUCUACAGGCUCACUCGCCCAGCUGGAUGUGUGUGGUAAAUCUCCAUUAAACUCCAAGAUUGUGGGUGGUGUAGACGCCUCUCCUGGGACCUGGCCUUGGCAGGUCAGCUUUCAAAUAGGUGGCAAGCAUUUCUGUGGAGGCAGCCUGAUUAACGAGAACUGGGUCUUAUCAGCUGCUCACUGUUUCCAAAGUGUUGCUGCAUCUAAUGUCAAAGUCUUGCUAGGACUGGAAAAUAUACAGGGGACUAACCCAAAUAAGCAGCAGAGAAGCGCUAGUAAAAUUAUCAACCACGAAGGCUUUAAUGAAAGCAAUACCCUUUACAAUGACAUUGCACUGGUCCAGCUCUCCUCUUCAGUGACGUUUAAUAAUUACGUCGUGCCGGUGUGCCUCACCGCAACCAAUAGCACUUUUUCUUCUGGUACUAAUGUCUGGAUCACAGGAUUCGGUAGAGCCGGUUAUAAUGUGGAUCUGCCAUCCCCUCAAACCCUGCAGGAGGUGCAGGUGCAGAUUGUCAGUAACAGUGACUGUGCAAAAGUUUAUGGAGCUAAUGUUAUCUUAGACUAUAUGAUAUGUGCUGGCGUACCUGAUGGAGGAAAAGACUCAUGCCAGGGUGAUUCUGGAGGUCCAUUGGUGUUGAAGCAAAACACAACCUGGGUUCAGGCUGGGAUUGUGAGCUUUGGCAGUGGCUGUGGUAACCCUAAUUCCCCCAGUGUGUACACCAGAGUGUCUUAUUUCCAAGACUGGAUUAACAACAACGUCAACAGCAACAAACCUGGAUAUAUGUCAAUCAGCAGUCAUGCCUCCCCCAAACUUUUCUGUCUGUUCCUUCUUUCCCACAUCAUCCUGUGCCUUCUUUUCCUUUCUAUAUUCUAGAGAUAUCAGUCAAAUUCACCAAACAAGCACAAACAAAAGGUGUAAGCUGACAUUACUGUAUAUUAUUUAUUGCAGUUUACCUAUUAUAUUAUCUAUUGUGUCUUACAGAAGAUCCACACUUAACUUUUACUGGAGUACACAACUUUAUUUUCUGCAAUACAUUUUAAAAGGUCAAGUUUAAGCCUAGUUUCAAGUCAAGUUUAAGCCUCUAACAGAAGGAGUGAGCUAAGAUUACUGUAUGCUAGACAUUUUAUCUAUCCUACAGAAGAGCAAUACUUAGCUUUUACUAACUUACCAUCAGUACUUAUUUUGAGUAAAUCAGUUUGUUUGUAUAGUCUAUAGAUAGAAAGUUGUUCGCAACUAGUUGGCUAGUUGCUCUCUGCAUCAUCUACAGACAAUUGCUUCAUUCUCUUGCUUUCUUGCACCCCCGUCUAUGUUGCAAAAAUAAAGUCCAUACACAUAUAUGUUACAUUAAAAAC